AUGUUAAACAAGAAAAAGAACGACACCGCUGAGGAAGCCGGUAUGACCGUGCGGCAGCGACUACGUCAAAAGCGUGAGUUAGAGGAGAAGCGUAAGUUCGGUCUUGCGCCAUUAGCGGUGGAUGAACUGACUGGUCAAGAGAUUAGCCCAAACGUGCCGCAACUCAUCUCACAGGCCCCAUGGUACUACGGUGCCACAGGCCCAACACUUGACCAUCAACGGCAAAAACACACUGACGCGAUGGACACACUGCAGGACCAACACGAUACGGCGAUUGUAUUAGGCAAGGCGACAAAAUAUGCGGCGGGGGCGUGUGGCAAUUGCGGCUCCAACACGCACAAAACGGAUCAAUGCUACAAGCCUCGCAAGAAGAUUGGGGCACAGUUUAGUGGUAAAGUAACUGGCAUAGACAUGCAAGUUAGACAAGCGGAGAAGAGUUACGCGCAAAAACGAGAUCGAUACGCCACGGCCGCUGGUGUUGAUCUCCUGCAACAACAAGUACAAGAGGAUGAGGAUGAGGAUGAGGAGAAGGCGGAUGGAGAUAGGGAGAAAGCAGGUCUUGGUGCGAAGCGGCCUCGACUACAGGAUGUGUUUGUUGCGCGGACUGCAACCACGGGCGGUAGUGCGGAGAUAAAAGAACUGCCCAAACAUCUGCAGAAUCUUGACAACGACGGUUUACUCUUUGACCCAAAGACGGGCUCCAUGCGGGGAAAUCCAAACGCGGCAGACCCAACACGUGUGUUUCAAGGUGAUCUGGAACGCUAUCGCUCGGGUGACUAUUACACAUAUCUCGAAAUGCAGAUGCGCUUCUUGACGGGAGAGUCCUCAUCGUUUGUCGAUUUUAAACUUGACGAGCAGCUGCAGAAGCAGAAGGCACUACAGAAAGAACCACAGGGUGAGCAAGAUCAACAGAAGAAAAAGGAAGGUGGUAUAACUAGUAGCAGCAAUAAUGUUGGUGACAGUGAAGAGACGGCACGGGAUCGUCUGGUACGUUCGCUCUAUGGUGAAUCCACACUUGCCUCAGUGGAGAGUUCAUUACGUAUGAAGGAGGCGCUCGCUGGUGUUGUUAGCGCUGCUGCACCACCAACAACAGGAACAACAUCAGCUAGUAUAAAUACGACAACAGCAAUUUCUUCUUCUUCUUCUGUGAUCCUUCCUUCGACACCGUCCUUAUCACUAGCCUCUCGACAUCCUCGUGCAGGUAUGGCGACUCGUAACGGUCAUGCAUGCGUCUACGGAAGUUACUUUGAUCGCAACGAAUUUCGCUGGGGAUAUAAAUGUUGUAGGCGUCUCGGCAAGGAUGCACCAUCCUGUCAAUCUUCUGGAGCCACAGCAAUGGAAGAAGCAACAAGCACUUCACCAUAG